ACACCUAAUGCAGUGAAAAAGGUCAAAGAAUUAUUAAAAGAUAAAACUGAAUUUGUAAGUAGACAAUUUAAUAUCUCCAUUUGUGUUUUUUUCUUCAAAUGAUUUUUAAUAACAGUCCUUUUUUUUAACAAAUUUACCUGAUUUAUAUCAUGCGUGUUAUAUUAAUCUCAAAAUUAUAUAUAAAAAUUAUUUCUCAUUCCUAUUUCAGAUUGGUCUAAGAGUGAGUGUAAAACAGCGUGGGUGUAAUGGCCUCAGUUACACUCUUGAUUAUGCCAAAGAAAAAUCUAAACUUGAUGAGGAAGUUUUUCAAGAUGGUGUUUGCAUUAUGAUAGACAAAAAGGCACAGUUAUCUUUAUUGGGUACAGAAAUGGAUUAUGUAGAAACUAAAUUAAGUUCUGAAUUUAUUUUUAAUAAUCCAAAUAUCAAAGGAACUUGUGGAUGUGGAGAAAGUUUUUCUGUUUAGUCAUUUUACAAAAUUAUAGUUAUCAUAGAUUGCUUAAUUAUUAUAAAUUUUAGUAAAAUGUAACUUCUAAAUGACUCCUAAUUAAGGAUUCAUCAAUGCGGAUAUUUGAUUUUUAAAUAAUUAUCAAAUAAAAGAAAUAGUGUGUAAUAGAAAAUUUAUUAUUUUAAUUGAAAUAAAUAUAAAUAACGAUUUAAAAUAAGACAAUUAUAAUGUUAUUCGAUAUUAUGCGAUGUGGUACAAGAUGUAAAAAAAUUAUUUGUGACAGUUAUAAACAAUUUGAUGGAGAUUUAUAAAAAAGAAAUAUUGAAAUUUAUAUUCGUAUCUUAUUUCUCUUUGUUUUCAAGUUUAAUAAUUUUUUGUUAGUAAAUUUCAUUUUCUUAGAUAAUAAAUUUUGUCAAAUGAAUAAUUUCGAAUAAAAAGCAUCAAUAUAUUAUAUUUUUUUCUAAAAUAUUGUGACAUGCAUAAAUUGCAUGUUUGACAGAUUUAUAGAGAAAAAUGGGAAUUGUACAUAAAUAUUAAAUGUUUGUAGUAUUUUAUCUAUUUUGUGAUUAAGUAUUAUGUAUAGAAUAAUUAAUAUGACACGUGUAUACAAAAUAUUUUCAUUGUUACAAUAAGUUCUCUAUAAAAAUUUAUUUAUUUUCUUUAUCAUGUAUAUAUAUUUUGACAGUUAUUAUAAUUAUAUGUUGUACACAUAUAUAUAUAUAUAUAUUGUUAUGUACAUAUGCUGAUCAUAUUACAUUGUAUCAUGUAUCACCGUUUUCGCAAAUUUAAAUAAAAAUGAUAUAUUUUGCAAAUAAUUGCUCUUAAAUAAUUAAAAUAUACACCUUAGUAUUGAUAGCUUUUUUAAACAUUAAUUGAUUCUUUUCUUUUUUUUUAAAAAAUUAGCAUUUUAUAAUUUAAUACAUUCUUUAAAUACUGUAAUUAUAAUUUAUAAGUAAUUUUCUGAGAAUUAUUUAAGCUUAUCUAGUUCAAAAUUAGCCAAAUUAAAAUAAAUUAAUUCUCAAAAACAAAUCUUUGAAUGAAAAAAAUUUUAAUUUUUUGUUGAAUUAUUUCCAUUUUAGAUGUAUUACUACUUCCGUUUUAUUGCGUAUUUGCAGAAUAACAUUAUUUAUUUAUUAGGCUUUUUGAUGAAAUUAUUCAAUGCUGAAUAAGUUCUAAUACGAUUUAAACAAUUAAGGUAAAAAUCCAAAAAUUUUGUUUUCCUCACAUGAAAAUUUUAAUACGAAAUACAAUAUGAAAUUUCAAUACGAAAAUUUUUUAUCUUUUGUUUAAUAACUUAUUAUUAGGAUUACAGCUGAAAAAUAAUGCUCACCUAAUAGAAAUAAUUUCAAGAUUUAACACGGAGAAUAUUUUAAAUACUUAA